AUGCUCAGCGGGGAGGACGACAGCGGCUGGUCAAUGGGGUCCAGCAUCAGCGAUGGCGGUGCAUCCGACACACGACACGACGAUCUGGUCGUCCGAGAGCACGUCACGGUAGCACACAAGCGUUUCGAGGUCAAGGGGCCCGGCCCGGGCAGUGUGUUGCCCAUCACGGCGGCCCGCCGCAGUGCUCGGGCGUUGACGACUGACCGGGUUUGGCCAUGUCCCGCUGCAGCGCUCGGUGUCGCAUCAGCGGCGGGCUGUCCCGGACAGUGGCCGUCUCUGGACAUGCGCGGGGUGUCUACGGCUGACCGGGUCUGGUCAGCGUGCGCGGUCUUCAGACGGUCGGAUGCGUCGUGUGCGCUCCCGCUGAUCGCUGUGGGCUGCCAGCUGACUGGGUCCGGUCAGUGUCGCUGGCCGUCACGGCGCGCCGCUGCUAUCGCGCUCGUAUUGGUUGUCGCCAGCGUGCGCGCGGGGCAGCUGGCUGACAUGCUCGCGCGUGGGUGGACUGUCGCUUUGACAUCCCGGUUGACGUGUCGGUCUGUCCAGGAGACAUUGGAGCAGAGCGGGGACUGCAAAGCGGCGGUCGAAGGCGGACCCGCGGGCGAUCUGUUUGGCAGAAGAACUGAGCGGGAGGUGGCGGCGGCGGCUUGGACGAAGGGCGCGGCGUGCGCGACACACAGGGCGCGGGAUGUGCCCUGUCAAGAGCACUGGAAUGAGCACGGGGAGUGA